CGCCUGCGCUUGAUUUACGUCUAACGAAGCAUGCUAAAUUGUGCAACAGUCUGAAAAGAGGUCUUCGUUGAAAAUGCCGUCGACGGCGUGCACGAUUUUCCUGCUGGCAGCUGCUAUAACGUCGCCGCCGUUCCCAGACACGCGCGCCUCGAGGAUCGACGUGCUGGAGGUUCCACGCAUUGUGCGUAAUGGGACCGGUCCCAUCGAUCUAUCGUGCCUGUACCGGGUUCGAUCGGACGAGAACGGCCUCGUGGUGAAGUGGUACCACAACAUGGACCAGAUUUACCAGUGGAUACCACCAAUGCCGCCGCAGGAUGUCGGCGUGAUAAACGGUUUGGCCGAGUAUCCUGAGGAGAAUCUGCGACAGCCGAACUCGCAGUCCGUGAUUCACCUGAGAAUGGCCACCGUCGAGAUGAGCGGCGAGUACACGUGCACCAUCAGCACGUUUCAAGGGGAGGACUCGAAGAGAUCGCGGAUGAUCGUUUACGCACCGGAGAAAGACGCGACGAUCCACGUUUCCUCGUUCAACGAGACUCAUUUGAAUCUCACUUGCGUGGUGAACGGGGCGUACCCGAGGCCGAUCCUCAAGUUCUACGUGGAAGGGGCGGAGGUGCACAGCUACUACGACCGGACGGAGAAGACGGAAUGGUACAGGAAGGACCUGUCGGUGAAACGAGUCGUGAUCGUCAGGAACACGUUCGAGCCGACGCUCUUGGACUGCGAGGUGUCCAUACCGCGAACGGAUUACAAGCGCAGAGAGAGGAUCAUCUAUUAUCCUGCUCAAUCGCUGUCGCAAAUAAGCAGCGCCUCAAGAAAUCCGUCGACGUUCGUGUACAUCAGCAUCAUCAGUCUGUGUAGAUUAAUGACAGCGUAUUAGAAAAUAGAUGUUAAUAUUUUCGCGAUACAGUAACCUUAUUGUAC